AUGUCUAAACAACUCAUAGUCCGCUGGCACCGCUCGACCUUCUACAAUGCCACAGUCCUUGGUCUCUGCAAUUUUGCAGCACCGGGUAUCUGGGGAGCGAUGAACUCUCUCGGAGCCGGCGGAGAGGAGAAACCCUAUCUUGUCAACGCCGCCAAUGCGCUGACCUUUUGCCUCAUGGUGGUAUCCUGUUUCUUCUCCCCCGUCCUCACAAAGUACAUUGGCAUCAAGGGCGCUCUCAUCUUCGGCACUCUGGGUUACGCCCCCUAUGCGGCAGGCCUCUACACCAACAACCGUUUCGGCACGGAAUGGUUGGUGCUCUUUGGAGCGGCGCUUUGUGGCAUCUCGGCCGGCGUGUUUUGGGCAGCGGAGGCCGCUAUUGCUUUGGCGUACCCUGAGCCAUAUAACCGCGGCAAGGUUCUAGGAUACUGGCUCACAUACCGGCUCGGUGGACAGAUUCUGGGCGGCGCCAUCAACCUGGGCAUCAAUGCGCAUCGCAACGAGGCGGGCAAAGUCAGUUACACGGUUUAUCUGGUCUUCAUCGCGCUGCAGGCGACGGGCCCGUUUGUGGCAGCGUUGCUGAAUCGACCCGACAAAGUCGAGCGGACCGACGGUCUCAAGGUCGAAUUGGAGAUUCUUGAACAUCCCUGGCGCGAGCUCAAGGCCACAACAAGAACGUUCUUCACCAAAAAAUACCUACUGCUUCUUCUGUUCAUCGGCCAAGCCGUGUACGCAGAGGCUGUUUUCUUCACGUACCUCUCGUUGUGGUUCAGUGUCAGGGCCCGUGCACUCGGCUCGUUUUUGUCUGGCAUCAUUGCUGUGACAUGCGGUAAUGUUCUCGGUCAUUACCUUGAUCGUACCAAGGUGUCAGUGAAGUUCAGGUCGAGAUCUGCAUUCCUCACGAUCGUUGCUCUGCAAGGGGGAUGGUGGAUUUGGGCAACAAUUCUCGUAACGAAAUUCCGCCACACCAGGCCGUCGUACGACUGGACGAGCAGCGGCUUCGGUCACGCCUUCGUUCCGUACUUGUUCCUGACCACAGGCUUCCAGCUGAACUACUUGUUCUGCUAUUUCAUGAUGGCGCAAUUGGCCACAACGCCAGUCGAUAUCAUUCGCUACGCGGCGUUGCUUCGUGGCACCGAGUCCGCGUGGCAAGCUGUCAGUUACGGGCUGAAUUCAAUCAAGAUCUUUGCUGAAGUGGGAGGUGUGUAUAUCAACUUUGGGUUAUGGGCGGCGGCUUUGUUUCCAACGUGGCUGGUGGUGAGGCACUUUGGCAACGAUGCCAUUGCUUCCGCAGCUGAAGUAGAUGAAGGAUCGUCGAAUUCCGAAAGCGCGUCGGCCGACAAGGAUGUCGAGGGGCCUGUGGAGAAAAAGGUUUGA